UGUUAAAUCAGUGGACACACAUGCAGAGGCGGCAAUUUUUAAUGUGUCCUGACAAGCUUGGAUUAAUAGCUAAAAGCUAAUGCUAGCAAAAGGCAUUAGGAAUCACUUUGACAGAUGUCAGCGGGUUAUAAAACGAUGCCGAUAUGUUUGGCUGACGCUGUCUUGAGAGGCCAGCUCGUCUUCAUCUCCGACGUCACGCUAACAAACACGGGUCGAAAUGUUUGACGGCUUCUUCCAUCAAAUCGAAACAGAGCUCGGGCCUCUAAACUCGGGCUGGUUUGAGGAGUUGACUGUGAGAGCCUCUGAAAACGGACGCGAUGACUCCACCGUCGUUGAACACGACGCCUCGGCACAUAAGGACAACGCCGUUUUCAGCGCUCCGGCUAAGACGCCGGUCUCGGACAGUCAGAUGUGUUCAACACCCAGAAUAUUUAGGUGUAGAAGACCACAUUCUGCUGCGUCAGGUCUCGAAGAAUCUCCCGAUACAGCCUCAACCUCAAUCCCAGGGCUGCAGAACUUGUUUCCUGUUCCACCCGGUGCGGAGUCGAGCCCGUGUCUGUUCGGCUUAGCUAAAGACAGCCAGCGGUUUGAGAAAGACUGGGGAUCACUAAAGACUGGCGCAUCCUUGGAUCUACUUGACACACCGACGGGAUUAACAACACAAGCGUCGUCCGCACAGCGCAUCUGCGAGAGCCUCGGGGCUCAGUUAAAUCCCGAUCUAUCUUGGAGCAGUUCCUUUAACACACCAUCAGCGUUGACCCCCACGGUUAUUUUGUCCAAAACGGAAGGCCAGUCUUCACCAGGAAGUUUCCUCAGGGACAAAGAAGUCAUUAUUGUACGAAAGCUGUUUCCAUCACUCUCAAAAGGCACGGAAUCAACAUCCGCGUGUACAUCCAAUGCACAACACAACGACACACUAACGGAUGGGAAUGUCCAGGCAGAAGAGCAAAAAUCUGAUUCAUCCUCUGACGAUAUAGAAGGCAUUUGGAAGCAGACGGUACCGGACGCGAUAAAGGACGACAACGUGCGGAACACAGUGGAGAGGGUGCUUAACGGCGCCGAGGACGUGCUGUCCUUCUUGUUCACGAACAGCAGCUCAGCCCUGCGAAGGGUUAAAACCAUGGAAAGAAAAAAGAGAGUGAACGGCGUCUCUAAGGACGUAAAGUCAAAUCCUCUGACGCUAGAUUGCGCUACAGGUUGUGUAUCGGCAUCGAAGCCAGACACCGGCACUGCUGUCGCAAGUUUAAAGUCCCCUCUAUUUUCAAAUCAGCUUAAUAAUAAUAAUAAUAAUAAGGAUUUCACACAGUGGACGCCUCUGAGUUUAUCCGACGUCCCGGACUCUAAGUGUAUCUCUGAACUAUCAAGUAAACACACGAGUCCUCAUGUAGACUCCUUAGUCGAAAGCGAGCGUACCGAGCAGCCCGGACAGUCCUCCUCACGCCCUUCCGAGCGACAGAGGUUCUCUCCCGAUUCGUGCCACGAGAAGUCUCAAGGGCGAAGUUGUUUAUCGGACUCGUCUCCAGGACUUACCUUCUCAAGAAAACCCAGGAAGUUCGUGUAUCGAGUGCAACAUUCGGAAAGUAAGAGAACGCCCAGCGUGACUGGUACGAGUUUUCUCGAGCGGGAUCGUCCUGCGAGUCUUAACAUGGAUCAUGACCUUGAUACGACCCAGCUUUGCCAAGCGUUCGCAGAGGAUUUCAGUCAGGAAGCGAACUUGUUAAACUCACCACCCAGAAGUGCACAGAGCAGCCACGACGGUGUCUUAACGCCGGCUUGCGCAACGAUAGAAAUGAGCGAAGUGCGGCGUGAAACAGAAUCUGUGGUACGUUGUGAAGGCCUCGCCGAGCACCAGGAAGCAGAAAUGAUCCGUUUAACAAACACGCAGUCUGUCGAGAGCACGAACCGUGACAGUGGCUAUCCGACAGUUUGUUCUGGUUUUAGCCUGGAAACUCCAUCACGUAGCGACACUGAACAUAUUCAUUCCGGUUUUAAAACGGCAAAUAAUAAGAUUAUCGCAAUACCUCUUGAAGCUGUAAUGAAAGCUAAAGCAGCAUUAGACGAAUCCGUAGAGCAUACGACAUGCACGGGCGCUUCAAGUGUAACCGAAGCAAUGAAAGCAGGUACAAAACAGUACAAAUCUUACAAACCUUUUACAGCAGACGCUGCCCUAGAGAAAUCGCUUUCGGAACACUAUCACCGUGGAUACGGUGAAGCCGGAAGAGAGACCUCCGACGGAAGCGUCUUAAGGUCCGAGGCAGCCGCAGAGAAUGUUCCUAGCACGUUCAUGUGCCAAACAAACGAAUCUGGCUUCAACACGGCAUCUAACAAAAGUGUCACAGUCUCAUGUGCGAACCUCGAGAAAGCCAAAGACGUGCUCACGGAGUCGGAGGAAGAGACGUUCGAUCCGUGUCCGUCGAGUAACGAGCCGCAGGUCUGCGAUGUAAAAGAUGCCAGGCCGUCUAAACCUUCACGACGUUCCACUGGUGACGGCCACGGCGGUUCGUCUUUGACCGCUUCGCAAAGAGCGGAUGUGACGGAGCUGUGCAUCAUGUUGGAAGAGACCGGCAGCCAGGACGAGUUUACACAGUUUAAACCCACAAAGAUUGGCUCAAAGUGUCCAGAUAGCAUGCCGUUUGAGAGAGAGUGGGACCCUGAGCUACUCGCUGGUAUUGACUUUGAUGAUAGUUUUAACUGCGAUUUAACUGUAAAGCAGGUGUCGAACAAACAUCAGCCCAAGGACGUGCGUCAGACAUCAGACACGCCUGCUUCGGUCCCAAACAGUCUGACGAACGGAGACGUGGCUGUUCAAAGUAUAAACGCUAGGAAGUCAUGCCGUGUUCCAUGGGAAAUGCCAAAUAUGGCCGAUGAGAGUCUGCAAGAAAAGUCUUUUUGUUCUGGCUUUAAAACUGCAAAGGGAAAUGCUGUGACCGUCUCGGAGAAAUGUCUGAGCAAGGCAAGAAGCCUUUUUGCAGAUAUAGAGUCCACCGAAGGACACUUUGGUCUCCAGAGUGACAAAGCAGAUCUGGUUAAACAAAAGCAAAGACAGUCAAGUGACCACCAGGACAUUGCCAUGGAAUCUGUGCUUGAACUAAAGCCAAGGUCAAAUCUGUGUAACGGAAACGCAAGCUCGAUAACGAAAGACGCUGAAACGUGCGAAGAAAAUCUGGAAGCACAAGGAACUGUAGUAGAGAAACCAGAUUUAAUGGGCAACUUUGGAUUUACUACUGCUGCAGGAAAGGAAGUAAAGGUCUCAGAAAAAGCUCUUCAAAAUGCAAAGAAACUCCUAAACGAACUUGCAAAUGACAAAGAAACCAAGCACGAUAAUUCCCCCGCAAAAACCACAGCCACCACUUGGACUUCAGUCCAAAAUUCUUCUAACGUGUUGGAAGAUGUACUUCAUGAUCCAAAGACGUCCGAUGGAUCUUUACCAAAAGGUGGGAAAGAACACCCUUUUGAAAACAGCCCUGAGAUAAAACAGGCAACGAGUCCUCCGAGUCCUCGGUCCGUGGACGGUAACGGGUUUAAAACGGCCAGCGACAAAGGAGCGUCUGUCUCGGCGAGCGCGAUUCAGAAAUCAAAACCCAUUUUCAAAGAUCUCGAUGACAGCCCGAGAAGCCCGGAUGAAACCAAGUCAACGGAAGAGAAUACAAAACCGGAUGUCGGAGGAGAUGCAGGCCAGCACGCGUUAGUUGGCGGAUUCAAGAUGGCAAGUGGUAAAGGAGUGAGCUUUUCUGAAAAAGCAUUUAUGAAAGCCAAGACGUUCUUUCAAAAUCGUGAUCCUGAUCGCAUGGAUAUUUCUCAAGUAAAAGGAGACGACACAAGUGUGAUGGAUGACUGUGGCUUCGAGGCGGUUGCGGGAAACGCGGUGCGCUUGCCAGGAAUAGACAGUCUGAACAAAGAGACGUUAAAGAAAGACUCCACAGAUUUGAAUAAAUAUGUCCAAAGGAAAUUCACUAAAACCUCCACGGAGACUCUUCAAGCACCAUCUGGCUGUGGUUUCAGUACAGCAAGUGGUGCUGUGGUGUCCGUUUCAGCCGAAGCACUUCAGAGAGUUAAAGCUAUGUUCGAUUAUUCAAAUGCUGCUUCACCUGGUGAAAGGAGAUUGGAAAUAUCAGAAGAGAAGAAUACUUCCAGAAACGAGACGGGAAAAACCUGCGGCUUUACUACUGCGAGUGGAAGGAAAGUUGCCAUUUCUGAGAAAGCCCUCCAGAAAGCACAGAGUCUUUUUACUGACUGUGACGUGGAUGGAUUAGGACCUGAUCCCUGUAAUUCAUCAGCUGCAAAGACAUCAGCGGCAAGUCCUGAGCGUAUAAGAUUACCUUUCAACGCCGCCAGUAAGAAGCACAUUGCAGUGUCAGAAAGGGAGCUGAAUGAAAGUAAAGACGAGUCUGUUAGUUGUGACGACGUUUCAGUUGAGAGCCCGUUAACCGUACAAACCAGGCAACGUGAAAGCCGUAAUCGCGAAGCUUUAAGUGAUACGACGGAAAGCGUUCCAGCUAACGCUGGAAAAUCUGCAGGGAGAUACGAGGACACGAUGAACGGAGGCCCAAAGGCUGAUCGCUUAGGAUCAGGAACUUGCGGUUUUAGCACAGCUGGCGGAAAAGGCGUUAGCGUGUCGGAAUCGGCCCUCGCGGCAGCUUUUGAGAUGUUUAGAGAUUGCGAUGCACAAUCAGUUCCUAACGGACAGUGCAGAGUUACCAGUGGGGGUCCGUUUGCAAAUAUUGACAAAACAGCAGCUGUGCCAAACACCAAAGCCACCAGUCCAUCUCUCCCGUCACAGGCCACACGGGAUAAUCCUUCCCUGCUGAGCCGCCAUUCUUUAAAUCUUGAUGGAUGCACUGUAACCCAGCGAAAAUAUUUCGAGCAAGAAGCGAUGGCUUGCACUAAAGCACUUUUAGAGGAUGAGCUCAACGAGGACGGUUUGUCGAGUAGCUCGGACACUGGGAUUAGGCAAAGGCCUGCCGUGCUUCAGGAGGGAUGCUUGGAGGUGAACGCAGGAAUACGAAAACGGACCUCAGACGACAAGAGUUUGACAGGUCAACCCCCUUUGAAGAGAAGACUUGUGUCAGAGUUCGACCGGAUCUCGGAAGACAGGACAGCCUGCGCUCCAGUGAAAAGCAGCCCCAAUGGCACACUGAGAGACAGAAGAGUCUCCAAAUACAACUUCAAGCCCAAUAUCACUUAUCCAUCCAGGAAUGUUGUGGACCAAACCUCAUCCGACUUGGAUCACCAAAAAAGGAGACCGUCAGACUCCAAGGCUCCAGUGUUUAUGCCCCCAUUUCGAAAAAAUCUUCAGGUUGAGAUGCCUAAAAACUGUCUUCCUACAGCUGUGGCCCAGGUUCCCAGUGCAUUUGUUCCUCCCAUUAAAAAGAAAGAUGCGUCAGGUAGCGUUUGUGUGAAGGUUAAGGAUUCACCGCAGAUUUCUGGCGAUUCCGCAGCCGUCACAAGCUCUAGUUGUGAAAUCGGCAGGAAUCACUCGGGCGGGAAAGCAGAGGACGGGAAAGCAGCGGCGGAAACCGAGAGAGAGGGGAUGUUGGAGAAUCACACCACUGAUCCUUGUGAAACAAAAGUUAUUUGGCAGCACUCCUUGGAGUUAGCGCAAGACGUGCAGAACAUGAGAAUCAGGAAAAAGACCCGCCAGAGAGUUCGACCUCUGCCUGGCACGUUUUAUCUGGCUAAGACGUCCGGAGUGAGCAGAGUUUCCCUGAAAGAGGCUGUAGGAUACAAGUGUCCUGAGCUACACACAGUAGAACAGCUCUAUCAGCAUGGUGUAUCCUUCAAAGUGUCCCAGACAACCAGCGAGAAUGCCGAGUCGUUCCGAUUCAGCUGCGAUGAGUUUUUCAAACGUGAGGCUCUCGAAGAGACCGGAGGGGUUCAGCUGGCUGAUGGAGGGUGGCUGAUUCCAGAUCACAGGGGAAUGCUGGGUAAAGAGGAGUUCUACAGAGCCUUGUGUGAUACUCCUGGUGUCGACCCCAAACUGAUCAGUGAAGCAUGGGUGUAUAACCACUAUCGGUGGGUCGUGUGGAAACAAGCCUCCAUGGAAAGGGCCUUCCCUGAAGUGAUGGGUGGUCGGUGUCUCACUCCAGAGCAGGUGCUCCUGCAGCUCAAACUCAGGUACGACGUUGAGGUGGACCACAGUCGAAGAUCAGCCCUGAAGAAGAUUACGGAGAGAGACGACACCCCAGCCAAGACCAUAGUGCUCUGUGUGUGUGGAAUCGCCAAACGCGAGCACAGUCCAGUCAGGUCAGAGGAGGCCGCCGACCCCGCACGUCCAAAACCCGAGUCGCCUGCUGCGGUCGUUUGGCUUACCGACGGCUGGUAUUCCAUUAAAGCGCUGCUGGAUGCUCCUCUGUCUGCCAUGCUGCGAAAGGGCCGUCUCAGAGUGGGCGUGAAACUUUUGAUCCACGGAGCGGAGCUGAUCGGCUCUCAGGACGCCUGUCCUCCUCUAGAGGCUCCUGAUUCACUCAUGCUCAAGAUUUCAGCCAACAGUACAAGACGAGCUCGCUGGGACACCAAGCUUGGCUUCCAUAAAGACCCUCGACCCUUUCCUCUGUUGCUUUCAUCACUGUAUGCUAAUGGAGGAGUGGUGAGCUGUGUGGACAUCAUCGUGUUGCGGAUUUACCCAGCGCAGUGGAUGGAGAAGAAGCCAGGUCCGGUCUUUGUGUUUCGCAACGAGCGAGCCGAAGACAGAGAGGCUGCACGCUACAGCAGCACCAAACAGAAGACCAUGGAGUUCCUCUUCUCCAAAAUACAAGCCCAGAUUGAGAAAGAGGAAGAAGAAAAGAAGAAAACCUGGAGAUGCAGAAGUUUUACUCUCCAUGAGAUUAAGAACCUGCAGGAAGGGGAGGAGCUUCAUGAAGCAAUGGAGAGUGAUCCAGCUUUUGUUGAGCCCCAUUUAAGCUCAGAACAGGUGAGAGCUGUGAGUAGCUACAGACGAGCGUUAACCGAAAGGAAGAGAGCUGAGCUACAGGAUCGGGUGCACAAGGCUGCGCAGGAGGCCGAGGGGGGCUGCGCUAACCGCGACGUUACUCCCGUCUGGAAACUCUCCAUCGCUGACUCGAAUGAUUUGUACAGCAGCUGUGUAUACACACUGAAUAUCUGGCGGCCCUCGGCGGAGUUGCGCUCCGUACUGAGAGAGGGCUGCAGAUACAAGGCUUAUCAUCUGGCCACAUCGGAGACCAAGAAACACUCCGGAACGUCCAAUAUCCAGUUCACCGCCACCAAGAAAACCCAGUUUAAGGACAUUGAGGUUUGCCCAGAAUGGUUAAGUCUACAUUUUCCUGCAAGACAAUCAGCGAAAUUCAGAGAUCUCCAGAGCCCCGGAUUCAGCUCUCCAUGUGGAGAAGUCGACAUCGUGGGAUAUGUCAUCUCCAUCUUGGACAGACAAGGUACGUCUCCUGUGUUGUACUUUGUGGAUGAAAAGUUUGACUUUGUCUCCGUGAGGCUCUGCGGCAGCCUGGCUCUUCUCGCUCUGGAGGACCUGGUAAAGCCAUUAGCUCUACUGACUGUAAGCAACCUGCAGCUCCGACAGCAGUCUGGCCCACUCCCCAGCCUUUAUGCUGGAGAACAAGCAUUGUUCUCUACAAACCCUAAAGAAGCCCACUUACAGGAAGCUAGUUCUCGUCUGAAGACGUUUUCUGAGGAUUAUGAGCAUUUCUUCAUAGUUGCUGAAGAGAAGCUCUCGAACCUGAUUCCAGAAGGUUUCUCGAACUCUCGCGAGUCCCAAAGAACUCCAGGUUUACCAUCCGGGCCAAAACCAAGCGUCAGAAAUAACGUAACACCCCUUCAGACAAGCCGGGUUUUCUCCCCUUUCACCCCAGUGACCAAAAGAACCCCUGUAGCAACUGGAAACUCGGACACCAAGGACCCCAAGAGUGUGAAAAGGAAGCGUGGUAUGGAAUACCUGUCACGCCUCCAAAACCCAGCACCCACCCUCGUUCCUCUGGGAAUGGUCCGUUCUCCCAGAGUCAGCAAGACCUUUAACCCUCCCAGGAGGUGCGAGACUCCUCGUAAUCCCCAGACAGUUCUAACUCCACCAGCACAGAACAAGCAGUGGGUGAACGAUGAGGAACUGGCCAUGAUAAACACACAAACACUACUAAAGAGGUAGUUGAUGCAGGAAUGGCAGCAGGAAGAUGCUGUUCCUGUGUUGUGGCCAUUUUCUUUGUAUAUAGUCCAUAUAUGGUCCAUAUAUUUCUACUAAAUACUGUGUACUACUGAUAUGACUUGAAUAUUGCACAAGAGAUGUUCUCUGUAAUCUUAUUACUGUGUCGUUUUGCCCGUUUCUUAAAAAUAAUAAUAAUAAUAAUAAAUGUUUGUUUAUUUUUUUAA